AUGGGAUGGAUAUUUUUCAAAUCAAAGUAUGAGAAGAUGAAAUUGGUGGAUCGGGAAGAUCUAGAACGGGAUCCAGUUGUACGAUUUCAACAUAGUCAUUACAUCCCACUUGCUUUAUUUCUUGGGUUUGUUCUCCCUGCAAUUAUAGGGUCGACCUGGGGAGAUGCAAAAGGUGCCUUCGUCUGGGCGGGGCUGGUGGCUAGAUUAGCCGUGUGGCACUGCACGUUCCUCGUCAACUCGCUUGCUCAUUGGGACGGACUCCAGCCUUACUCUGACGAGGACACUUCCAGAGGAAGCCUGAUAUUGGCUAUCUUGACCUGCGGCGAAGGCAGCCACAAUUUUCACCACGCGUUCCCACACGACUUUCGUUCUGGGCCGUCACUUGUUUCCUGGGAUCCAUCGAAGUGGGUAAUCCUCCUCCUUCAUCGCUUGGGUCUGGUUACCGGCCUCCGAUCAGCGAGAGAAGAGGAUUUGAAGGAAGCCUUGGAGUACAUGAAGCAUAAAGCACUCCAUGGAGUGCCUCCUCUAGACCAGGAGGAAGCCAAUGAACAAGCCAUAGAGUGGACAAUUGACGAUGCUAUAGAUUAUGUUUUGCAGUCGAACGGGAGAUGCUUAGUUUCGAUUGCUGGAUGGGCGGUCGAUAUCACUCGUUAUCUGGGGGAACAUCCUGGCGGAAGCACAUUACUACGAUCGUAUUCGCUUCAAGUGGAGCCCGUUGGAAGGAAGUACGAAUGGAAGGAUGCAACAUGGGCUUUUGAAGGCGGCUUGAACAAUCAUUCACGCGCCGCUAUCAAGAGAAUGAAAGAGUUUCGGUUAGCGAAAUUGACGACAGCUCUCUAG